UGAAUUUGAAAUACAGGAGCGAAAUGCCACCAAUGCCAAGUUCCCCACCUUUAUACCCACCUCCUGAUGGAGGAUGGGGCUGGGUUGUGGUUGGAGCAUCUUUUAUCUCCAUUGGAUUUUCAUAUGCCUUCCCCAAAGCCGUCACAGUAUUCUUCAAAGAAAUUCAGCAAAUAUUCCACACCACGUACAGUGAAAUCGCAUGGAUAUCAUCCAUUAUGCUGGCUGUUAUGUAUGCAGGAGGUCCCAUCAGCAGUGUUUUGGUGAAUAAAUAUGGCAGCCGGCCAGUGGUGAUAGUAGGAGGUUUACUCUGCUGUUUGGGAAUGGUUUUGGCCUCUUUCAGUACCAGUGUAGUAGAACUUUACCUCACUGUGGGCUUCAUUGGAGGUUUAGGUUUAGCCUUCAACCUGCAACCAGCCUUAACAAUAAUUGGCAAGUACUUCUAUAAGAAACGACCCAUAGCGAAUGGAUUGGCCAUGGCAGGGAGUCCUGUUUUCUUAAGUACAUUGGCCCCUUUCAAUCAGUUCCUUUUUAAUAGUUAUGGCUGGAAAGGAAGCUUCUUGAUUUUAGGAGGUAUAUUUUUGAAUGCCUGCGUGGCUGGGGCCCUCAUGAGACCCCUUGGCCCCAAACAAACUACUCAAUCGAAAAAUAAGAUUAGCAUAAGAGCAGAAGAUACAGAAUUGAAGAAAAUCCAACAGAAGAAAUCGACAUGGAACAAAAUUAACAAAUAUUUAGAUUUCUCCCUUUUUAAGCAUAGAGGAUUUCUGAUCUAUCUAUCUGGAAACGUCAUCAUGUUUCUGGGUUUUUUUGCCCCUAUUAUCUUCCUGGCUCCGUAUGCUAAAGACAGGGGAAUAGAUGAGUAUUCCGCAGCUUUCUUGUUGUCUGUUAUGGCUUUUGUUGAUAUGUUUGCCAGGCCUUGUGGAGGAUUAAUUGCAAACUCCAAACUUAUCCGUCCCCGAAUCCAGUACUUCUUCAGUUUUGCGGUCAUGUUUACUGGAAUCUGUCAUCUCUUGUGCCCCCUGGCACAGAGCUACACGAGCCUGGUGAUAUAUGCUGUAUUUUUUGGCUAUGGAUUUGGGAGUGUUAGCAGUGUCCUCUUUGAAACUCUCAUGGACCUUGUUGGAGCUUCAAGGUUUUCCAGUGCAGUGGGACUCGUCACUGUGGUAGAGUGUGGCCCCGUUCUUCUUGGCCCUCCUAUUGCUGGUAAAUUGGUGGAUAUAACUGGAGAUUAUAAAUACAUGUACUUAGCCAGUGGGGCUAUUGUGGUAGCCUCAAGUAUAUGGCUGCUCAUUGGUAAUGCUAUAAACUAUAGAUUGCUUGCAAAGGAAAGGAAGAAGGACGAGGCAAUGAAGAAGCAAAUGAACACAGAGGAGUUCAGAGAAUCGGAACCCUUGAGCAAUGCUAAACAGGAUGAAGUUACUGUCAAAAUGCCAAAAGGAGAGAGUGCGCCCUCAGAAAGAGAAACUAAUAUUUAA